ACAGCCAAAGGGACCCUGAGUAGAGAGGAGGUUCAACUGCUCGCAUCUUCGAGAACAACUUUGUGCACAAGGUCUCUGCAAGACUCCGCCGCAACGAUCCCAUUUGACACUGUCGAGCAGGGGGUAACAGGUGGGGCGUGGUUAGACACCCCACUGGCUCCUCUCACUGUGGUCUCCAACAAACUCCACAAAGAAGUGUCUGAAAGCCAAUGCCUUGCGAAAGAGGAAAAUGGACAAGAAGGUGAUACAGAUUCUCGUAUUUCUGCUCUGUUGUCAAAAGAGCGCUUCACAGGCACAGAUCAGCAGAGAGGGGGCGAGAGUCGAGAUCCAGUGCACGCUGUCCACGAGAGCAAGCCAGGUUAUCUGGUUCCGACUGUCAGGCAACAGUGGCGUGCAAUACAUCGCCUCUUUUCACAACGGUAAUCUGAGGAAUCUGUCGUCGGCCUUCGGCUCAAUCUUCGCCGCUCAUGAAAACUCCCAAAACACCAUGGUACUUAAGUCGUUCAGCCAAUCCCGCGACAGUGGCACUUACAGUUGUGGGUCCGUCCACAAAAGCACAUUGCAUUUCGGGGAGGUGAGACGACUUGCUGGAGAAGAGCCGCUUGAAAUGACAACACAAGAACCACCGCCCACCACCACACCGAUGCUAUCCACAUCCCCCGUGACAUGUGCCCCUAAAAUAAAACACGAAAAAGUUGGGAGUCCUGUGUUGUGUAACUCCAUCUUGUUGGCCUCGCUGGGAGGGGGCUGCGGCCUUCUUCUCCUGCUCCUCAUCGUCACCGUCUGCUACUGCAACCGGAUAAGGACAAGGGGAUGCCCCCACCAUUACAGGAGAAAACGACCGGCGAACGCUCCACAGAAACGAGAGAUGGACGGCAGAUAUGCUUAAUCGGACUGCUGCUACACAUAUCCUUCUGUGUUGUUUUUGAGCACCGUCCAUUUGCCGUUGUCGCCGAUGUUGCAUUGUAACGCUCAUCACCAAGGGACGAGCAACCACGAGAAAGAAAUACAAGUCAACGAGUUUGGCUCAACAGCAGUCCAAACACUUUAAGCCGCCAAUAAGCAACUAUACCCUACAACCCAUCGCAUUAUGCUUUUUUUUUUAACAAUCUUAGCAGAUACUGUAAUAUGUAAUGUCAUAAUUAAAUAAUCGUGACAAAUGUCGGUCAUUAAAAGAUGAAAUUACACACAAAUAUUGAUUUUUUUUUAUAUAUUGACAACUCGGUUGACAACUCGGUUUCCCUAUAGGUUUCAAAAUUUGUAUGUUUGUACUUUCAAACAAAAUUAAACUGUUGAAUAUGAUUGAAAAUCAUUGUUAAUGUCAUACAUUUUCUACAAGCCAGACUAUUUUAAGAAUGAAAUCGGGGUGUUUUUGAAGUUGAGUGAUUAAUGUAACAUACUUGUUUUAAAAAUGGAUACAAAUAAUUUUGAAAAACUUUUGGAUUGACUAAUUGUAAAUAAAAUAAAAUAUAAUCC